AUGCUCCACCAACUCAACUAUCGCAAGCAAAACAUUGUGGCAUCGUCUCUCAUACUGACCGCCGCUUCUGCUGUUGGACAAAAUUUAAGCUUUAGCUGCUUCAGUUCUGGCACGCAAGGUAACUGUGGCAAUUUUGUCGACACCUUUUGUCCUUCGGUCAGUACGGUCCGACCUCAAGAUAGCUCUUCGCACUGUUAUAAUUCCGAUGGGUUUGGUUUCAAGUGUGACUUUACCGCCUUCUACGCCGUUGGCACAGUCGAUAGCCCGCCAGACACAACUAACUGUGAAUUGGUCCUUGGUUCCAUUAUCAAGGCCUGCCCUGCGGGUGGUCAAGGAAGCGUCGAAGGGGGAUCCUUUGUCUUCACUGUUGACCCCAACGAAGGAAGCUGUGGCUCUGAUUCUUCCUCUUCCUGCAGCGGCGAUUGA